AUGAAAUUGAUCAUAAAUUCUCUUUCUCAAAACCAAAAAAAAAUUUGUGUUGCCUUAAUUGAAACUAUAUAUUAUUUAUCCAUUCUAAAAUAAUUUACAAAAUCAUCAAGUUGUGUACUCAGAAAUGGAAAAGUAUAAUAUAAUUCUAUAACCAGACUUUUAUACUAUUUUAAAAUUGUUAUUUUUUUGAGUUUGUAAACGAUAAUUUUAGUGCGCAUUAUUGUUAAUAGAAUAAGAAAAUAAAAAUUUGGCUUUUUAACCCGACCAGGGUUGAUUAAUUUUCAAUAUAAUUUUUAUCUGACUAUAAUAUAAAAUUCAGAAUAGGCUGAGAGCCUGAUUCCAUCAGUACCGAUCUAUACCGAAAGCCUGAUUCCAUAAACACGUACCUACGCUUUUAUCCUGAUUCCACCAUUACCACCAAUCUAUUAUUACCCUGAAACAAUACAAGAAGCCAACUCACCAUCUGUUCGUUACCAAUAAUAUAGAGAAAAUAGAUUUGAUCAAUUCACACUAUGCAGUAAUUACAAACUAUGCAAUCGAGGAAUGUUUCUUGAAGAUUUAUGCAAUCAAUUUUUGAAAGAAAUCGACGAAUUAUAGAAAAAAUUGAAUUAUCGGCUAAUUACUUAUUCACAAAAAUUUGUUGGAUCAGCACUAAGUUCUAUGGAUUAGCUAGAUGAAAUAAUGAGGGUAAAGUUGAAAUGGAUAACAAAAAAAUAAACAAAAUUUGAAUAGAGGGAUUUUAAUGAAUUAGACAUUCUGCAGAAUGUUUUUAUAAAAUUAAACACUUAGCAGAAUGUUUUUAAAGAAUUAAAAAAUCUUCUACAUUAUAGCGAUAAAAAUGUAAUGCGGAAACCAAUACGAUGAUUGGAAUCCAUCUUAUCCUAACCGAUAGGAUGGAUUCCAAUAAAUGAUAAUUACAUUUAUGAAAUGAAAACCUUAUAUUUAUAUAAACAUAUAUCUAUAAGCCUUUCUAAAA